UAACAAUAGGGGAAAACGAUUCACAGAUCGGCAUCAGAACAAGAUAAAUCAAUUAGAUUUAACAUGGCAUUUCAUCCAAUCAUUAGAGAAUAGUUAUGUUCGUUAUAAAAUAAUUCCCGAACAUAUGACAUAGUAAAAACAUUUUUAGUUUAAAUUUUGAAGAAACAGUUCAACUUUUAAAUAUCAGAUAAGGAAUUUUUCUAUCAAAUUUAGAACCUUUCAUGAAAGAUUAUGAACAUACAUUAGUGAAAAGUCCUUCGAAAUCAUGCACAAAUAAUGAUGAAUGCACUGGAUCACACAUAAGUUCCAAUAAUUCUACAAAAACCGAUAACACUGAAUUCAUUGAAUUAACCAAGCUUAUCUGGACAGGAAUUGGGACAGUUGGUUCAGUAAUUACAAUAUGCAGCAUGUUAACUGCUAUAUUUAUAUACACAGUAUAUCCAUGUUUACGAAAUUUCAGAUUUAAAAUACAUCUUCAUUUAUUCUUCGCAUUACUAUUGGAAUCGAUUGCACAGCUUAUAUUAUCUUAUCUUUUGUUAAGUAAAGUUAAUCAAAUACAUGUGAAUAAUAUUGGAAAUGAAACAAUGAAUCAACUAUUUUUAAGUCCAAAAGAGAUCAUGUACAGUUUCAAUUCACAAUCAACAUAUAUAAUUAUACAGAAUACUAUGAUAAUUAUUUGGGAAUUAAGCCAAACUUGUGUUUUCACAUGGACAUUUAUUGAAGGAAUUCAUAUACAUGAAUUAAUUGUUGUUUCAGUAUUUCAACCGUCAGUGAAUAUGCAUCCUUUGAUGAUUGCAGCAUGGGUUGUACCUAUUUUCAUCACAGGACUAUGGCUAACUGUAUGGCUGUGUACAAAUAAAAUAGACGUAAGCUGGUCAUUUUAUACAUUUCACUCAACUUACUGGAUUCUAGAUAGUUUCCGAUUAACUUUACUAUCGACGAAUAUGGCUUUCCUCAUUAAUGUAAUUCGAGUUCUUGUUCGAAGGCCUCAGACAAAUUAUGCACCGGAAAUUCUGAAAUUAAAAAAAGCUGUAAAAGCUGCUGUCCUUUUAAUGCCAUUAUUAGGAAUUACUAAUUUUAUUGUACUUUUACCAAUACCAAAACAUCCUUUGGGAUUUUUUAUUGUUUCUGGAAUACGCCGAGUGCUGCCAACAUGGCAAGGAUUUAUUAUAUCUAUGAUAUAUUAUUUUAUGAAUAAAGAUGUUCGGAAAUGUAUACACAUGUCAAUUCGAAGAUUCAAAUCGAAAUAUCAACUAGAGCACCAUCGUUUUACUUCAUCCUCGCUACCCAUAAAAACUAUACCACAACGAAUUCCACACAAACAAUAAUUAGGAAAACCCGAUCACAUCAAUAGAAUUGGAUCCAGAUGAUAUUUGUACAUCAGUUAACGACUGAACACUGAACAAGAGCAGUUCACGAUACAACAAUUAAGUAGAAACACACCUACAAAGACACAUUUACGAGUCGAAAGGAAUAUAAUUAAAAUAAAUAAUAAAAUGAUAUACGGAACAAAUCGUGGUUAACCUUUAAACGAAUAUUAUGACUUAAAAACUUUCAAACGAUGUUUACUGAUUUGCAAUGGUUCUACAGAAGAUUUAGAUAGACUUAACUUUCUUCAAAAUCAAUACAAUAUUCAUACAGAAUGAAUAUAAGACGAUCACAAAAGACUUUUUCCCAUGUAAGACCAUCUACGUUGAUGAUCUAUGUAAAAAUGAUUGGGGGCCUACUAGAGUUAGACGAGAAUGGUGACGAACCAACUAACGCUGAAGUCACACCUCGCGACCAGCCCUUACGU